AUGAAUUGUUUCCCUUGUUUCUCCUCACAAAAGACCAAGGAGAGCACCAACAAAAAGGACCAUGAUGAUUCUGAUGUCGAAGAACUACAACCUCAACAAUCUACUAUAUCUGCUGACUAUGACAACAACAGUUCGAUCAAAGCAUUCAACUUCCGUGAGUUAGCCUCAGCCACCAAGAAUUUCAAGCAAGAAAGUUUGUUGGGUGAAGGUAGUCUCGGCAAAGUUUACAAGGGAACCAUUCAGGAUCAGGAUGUUGCUGUGAAACAACUUGAUAGGAAUGCAAUGGAAGGGAGCAAUGAGUUCUUUGUGGAAGUAGGGCAGCUGAGUUUACUACAGCAUGCGAAUUUGGUCAGUCUUGUCGGAUAUUGUGCUGAUGGGGACCAGAGGCUUUUGGUUUAUGAGUACAUGCCAGGGGGUUCCUUACAAGAUCAUCUCCAUGAUAAGCAGCGAUUAGAUUGGGUGACGAGAAUGAAAAUAGCACACGGGACAGCACUAGGGCUACAAUACUUGCAUGAGAAGGCAAAGCCUCCUGUAAUAUACCGUGACCUCAAGUCCUCAAAGGUUCUUUUGGACGACGAAUUCAACCCGAAGUUGUCCAACAUCGGGCUCGACAAGCUCGGGCCCCCGACCGACAGCAAUAUGCUGGUGCAGUCGAAGAUAAGGGAAAACAAUGGUUACAAUGCCCCGGAGUGUAUAAAUUCGGGUACCGUUAAUGCGCAUACGGAUGUCUAUAGUUUUGGGGUUGUUCUGUUAGAGAUAAUAUCCGGCAGAAAAGCUCUGGACACUUCCAAACCGGAGGAAGAGCAAAUGUUGGUUAAUUGGGCACAACCAAUAUUCAAGGAACCAAAAUAUUUCCCACAAAUGGCAGAUCCAUCAAUGAACAAAGAAUUCCCAGAAGGAGGAUUGAAUCAAGCUGUAGCAAUGGCGGCCAUGUGCGUGCAAGAAGAAGCCUCUGCCCGACCGUUGAUAAGCGAUUUAGCUUCCGUCUUAAGUUUCCUCUCCGUCGCCAACCAAGGAAACAAUAUCCCCGAAGGUCUCUCUCCUUCCGUCUCAUCCAAAUUGAAGGCCCUCUCCGGUAAGAUUCAAGUCUCCGACGACGACGAUGACGAGGGAGAAGAUGAAGCUUCGGGGAACUCGGACGAGGGCGACGAGAGAAGCGAUAACGACGACGAUGAAGACGACGGUUACAAUGCAUCGUUGACAAGCAGCAGCAAUGCCGACAGGAGUUUAGAUCAACAACAGAGUCUAAAGUCCGACCGUUCUCUCAGCCACCGGAGUAGCAGGAGAUCGUCGAGUUCGUUAGGCAGUAGCCGUAAGAAAUCGAGAAGUGAUUUGUCAUGCGGCGACGAAGAGGAGGAGUUGAGCCGUAAGGGCAGCGGCAGCGACGCAUCCAAAGGUAAUCCGGAAGACGAUGACGACGAAGGCAACGCUUCAUCAACCGACAAAUUAAUCGAAGAAAGCCGAAACGACAGCGUGAAAUCGGUUGACGAGACGGGAGACUCUCCGGGAAAGAAGAGCCGAAAGAAAUCGAAGGACCGAAGGAGUAGCAAGAAGAAGAAGAAAUCGAAGGACGAAAAUGAUUCGUCAGGCCGUAAGAGCGGUUCCGCGAAAAAGAAUCAUCGGAAAGCUAAGAAGCAUAGCGAUAACGACGAUGAUUCACCCGGAGGAUCACAGCAUGAAAACUGA